AAGUAUUUUGCCGCGGUAUUCGGUAGUUGGGGAUGAAGGCGUUAAUUGAAAAGUGUACAUCAGAAAAAAAUACACAAGAUAAUUGGGAUUUAAUUUUAGAAAUUUGUGAAAAAUACGCUAAACAAGAUUACAUAGGCCAGCAAUUUGUAUUCAAACAAUAUGUAAACGAAUAUUUCAUAAAAAUCCAAAUGUAUCUAUACGAUCUAUAACAUUAUUAGAUGCAUGCAGUAAAAAUUGUGGUAAACAAUUUAAUCGAGAAUUAGCUUCAAAAGAUUUUUCACAAUUAAUCAAGAAAAAUUUUUCGAGUUUACAACGUAUUCCAUCUAUUAAAUUAAUUGAUAUCUUUGAAAAAUGGUCAAUUGAAUUUAAAAAUGAUUCAGAAUUAGCAUUAGCAGCUAGUUUUUAUAAUUGGGUUAAAACUGAAUAUCCAGAUCUUGUGAAACAAGCAAUGAAUGAAAGACAAGUUAGUUUAAGAGAAUAUUCCCAUGAGAUUAUAAUCAUUUCAUAUAUAUUACUUUUUAACAAACGAAUUCUUUCUUCCAGUACUAUAUCCAUCCUUAUAUUCAAUCUUUCUAUUAUAUAUUACCACCACUGAAUUAUCUACUUCUAUGAAUCCGGUGUUCAUUUUGCUGUGCUAAUGGGGUAUGACAACUUAGAGUGAUGCAUAUAUUUGCCUGCUCUUAUGUUGUAGCUGACUGACUGUUCCUGUAGUGUCAUGUUUAUUUAUAUACAACUAUUUUAGUAAUAUCUCGGUUGUUAUGUGUUUUGUUUUUCUUCACACAAAACAUCUCUACAGACGAAUAAAAGAAACUGGAAUUAAUAAGUCAAGUGUAAGUCAAACUAUUUCGGAAAAAGGUGACACUCUCAUCUGCUCUUAGUCCAGACGUUUAGAACGAUGGGCGGAACAUUUUAGGGAACAGUUCAGCUGGCCUUCAGUGACUCUACAACUACCCUCCAUUCCUAGACAGUGUGAAUGGAACAUUGAAGUAGGUCCCUCAACUCUAGCUGAAGUUCAAAAGGCUAUAGUUAAUCUGAAACGAGGAAGGGCAGCUGGUCCAGAUGGAUUGGCUCCAGAGGUCUUUAAGGAUGGUGGUUCAAUUUUAGCGAUUACGUUGACUAAUAUUUUAGCUAAGAUCUGGGAGUUAGACGUUGUCCCACCUGACUGGUCACAAUCACUUAUCGUCCCAAUAUAUAAGAAAGGGUCAAAAUCAUCCUGUGACAACCACAGAGGGAUUAGUUUAACUAAUAUAAUAUCUAAAAUACUAGCCUUGAUAAUUAUCAGACGCCUAACUAAGACUCGUGAACUGUAAACACGAGGGAACCAAGCUGGCUUCAGACCUGGUCGUGGCUGCAUCGACCACAUAUUCACCAUUCGUCAGGUUCUAGAGCAUAGGCAUACUUAUCGGCGUCCGACAAUGGUGGUCUUUCAUGACUUAAAAGCAGCAUUUGACUCUGUAGACCGCGAGAUUCUGUGGCAGUGUCUGUCAUUGAAAGGCGUACCUCAGAAGUACAUAAACCUUGUAAAGGCUCUUUACUCGAACACUACUAGUCUAGUCAGAGCUUAUGGCGAACUGUCAUCUGCUUUUGCAACCUCAAGUGGUGUCCGUCAAGGCUGUCCACUUUAUCCAUUUUUGUUUAACUUCAUCAUAGAUCUACUGAUGGGAAUAACUUUCUCGUCGACUGAGUUCUCGGGUAUUGAUCUCCUUCCAGGAAGUCUACUUAUCGACAUAGAAUACGCAGAUGACAUAGUCCUGUUUGGUGAAGACGCUGAUAAAAUGCAGUCUUCUGGUAGCACUAAGGAACAAUGCCAGAAUGUUUGGGAUGCGCUUCUCUUCCUCUAAAUAUAAGUUGUUGCUUGAGGACCGGUCUGCGUCAACACCUGAACUAAGGAUAGAGAGCGAAGUAGUCGAACGCGUUGACAAUUUCACUUAUCUUGGAAGUUUGAUCAGCCUUAAUGGGUUGGUGUCUGACGAAAUCUCAGCACGGAUUCGAAAAGCACGUUUGACUUUUGCCAACUUACGUCACCUAUCGUGAACGCUAGGUAUUCGUCUAUCAAUUAAGGGACGAGUAUACUACGUAAGUAAUAGUGAGGUUAGACGUAGAGUAUUAGGGAAUGAUGAUAGUAAAUCAGUUGAUAAGGUUGUGAAUCUUCAUCGACUGAGAUAGUUGGGCCACGUGCUGCGUAUGCCUGAACUCCGAUUACCAUGACGUGCAGUGCUGAUUAGUGUUGGAGAUGGAUGGAAGAAAGUUAGGAGUGGCCAAACCACAAUGUGGCAUCAGUGCUUGAGGUCACUAACUUCUAGUCUUAGCCAUGUUGGUAAAUGUAGACUACUUGGUUGUGGUUCGCGUGACUAUCGUAACCAAUAUUUGGAGACUCUUGGUGACAUGGUUCAGAAUCAAUCACAAUGACGUAGGUGUAUACACUCUCUGUCUUCCCUUAAACUAAGUGAUUAAAAUUGCUUCAUAUCUUUAUGCGUACUAUUUCUUUCUUCCUGUGCUAUAUCCUUAUACCCAAUCUUUCUUUUAUAUAUUACCACCAUUGACUUAAAAACUCCUAUGAAUCCAGUGUUUAUCUUGUUGUGCUAAUGAGGUGUGACCACUUGUACUGAUGCAUAUAUGUGCCUGAUCCUGAUUUGCAACUGACUGACUGAGACUGAUUUUAAGUAUGUUUCGGUAAAGUUCAAUAGUGAAUUAUUGUCGUAAGUGGUUAUCUCAAGUUGUGUUCACUAAACUUGAUAUGGCAACUUGAGCUGGCGUACAUUUAUCCCUGGGUUUACGCUGACUGACUGACUAACUAACUAACUGAAGAGGCCUACCGUCAGUUACUAUUUACCUUCCUUAUUGAUCUACUACAAAUGACAGUCUCUUUUCAACAUUUAGUGAACUGCUUUUUAGCACUAAAUCAUUGUAGCCUAUCAAAAGUUCAUAACGUAUCUACUAUUAGGUGUAAUCUCUAGCAAAAUUCCGAAUUUCCAAUACUUUAAAUAACAAUAUAAGCAUAUCUAAGAUACAUUUCUUACCUUGAAAACUGAAGAAUAUUGUCUCACAACUAACCUGAAUCACCAUCUAGUGUAACAGUAAUAGAUGAAAUCAUUUAGCGAAUAUAGAUCACUUUACUCACCAGAAUCUUAAUGAAUGCCCAAAAGUUGGUCAGGUUUUUACUAACAUCAUCCAUUUCUAACAUCUAAAAUAUCCAAAUACUUAUCGGAAGGUAAAUGUAUUGCACAGUAGCAUACAUUUUUCUCACUCUAUUUGUACAACAUAAUCAUUGAAUAAUGAAGGUAAUCAAAUGUUUUUGGAGGUACCUAAUCGUAAAUGUCACGUUAUAUUCAUCUUACUUUGAUCACUAGUAUAAGGUAUCUUUUUGGGAAAUCUUAUGAAUACUCAAUUGUGCAUUUCUCCUACUGCUGUAAUUAAUCGUUCAAGCUACGAACAAGCGAGUGUAGAAAAGCACAACUUGAUUGCGUAUCCUAACCAUCCGUGUUUAAUGUUAGUUAACAGCUGUCAACAAAAUAUCACGGAUUUGUAAUAAUAUUAUGAUCGGAUAUUGUCGAUGCCAUUUUUCAAGUUCCAGUUAUGGAAAUUGUUAUCUCUUGUAAUCGCUAAUGUGUUUUGGCUCCAAAUACUAAUUGUUAUCACGUGCUAUAUUCUCAAAUCAAAAUUCAAACUCUCGAUUAGUUCAAUUAUAUUGCCGGUAGAACCGGUGACCUAUUGACUAAUUGACCAAUGAACAACAGCGAUACCUUAACGUUUAUUGGUCCUCGAGCUCCUCCAAAGUCAGUUGUCAAUCAGAAUAUGCGAAUAAUAGGUAGAUUAUGACUCAAAGCACACAAUCAUCUACUUGAAGUGCUUAACCACAUAGUACAUAAAAUAAGAAAUCACACUUUAAUCACAAUCAUACCCAAAAGUAGUAGAGGGUGAAGCAAAAAGUACAUAAUUAACAAUAACUAAAGAAUGAUAAAAUGUAUUAUGACAGUUGAUAGAUGCACUGAAUGUUUAAAAUACGAGUAAUAUAGAGAUACGAUGAUAAAUUUAUCAACUAGUUACGCAAUAAAAAUAUAAAUCAUUCAAAAAAUAGCCUUGAAAGUUCUGACUUUUUCCUAUAUUCGUCCUGUUAUUCAUAGAAACAAUCUAUUGUGUGUUGUAAUGCAUGUCUUCACCAUACUGAUUACUUUAUUCGUAAAGGAAGUAUACGACAUAAUAAUUAUCUCUCCUAGUAUUUUACUUUAACAGAUAGUUAAACAUGGUCCUUCACGCCAACAUGUUGCACAAUUACAAGCUAAAGAAGAAGAAGAUCUAGCACAAGCUAUUGCUUUAUCACUGAAAGAUACUGACAGUUCAACACCAUCCCAUCUAAACAAACAAUCUGUUACCACUUCAAAUGAGAAGUCUAGUUUAUAUCCUUCCUGCUCUCAACUUCCAUUUAGUUCACUUUCAACUUAUUCGACAUCAGCAUCAUCAUCAAAUGCCUCUAAAACAACUGCUCCUCGCAAUUCAAAGGGACAGGUAAGAGCAUUGUACGACUUUGAAGCAGCUGAAGACAAUGAAUUAUCAUUCAAAGCUGGAGAGCUUAUUCUACUCUUAGAUGAUUCCGAUGAGAACUGGUGGCUUGGAAGCAAUAAUCAAGGUCAAGGUUUAUUUCCUACUCAAUUUGUCAAACGUGAAACUGAACUUGAUGGAGUAAAUAAUGUCAAAUCAAGUUCAAGCGAAGUUUCUCACAAUACAGAUGUUAAAAAGAACCAAUCUACCAAAAAAAUUGUCCCUCAGCUAGAUGAGAAAAAAAUCGAUGAAUGUUUACGUCUAAUUACAACUGUAGAUCCUACUGGUGAAUUUCAACAAGAUCCACCAGAAUUAAGUCAACUUGAAGCAGAAUGUAUAGCAAUGGUCCCACUUGUUGAUCCUGAAUUAAAAUUAGUUGAUAAAGAAAUUAUUAUGCUUACAGAAUUAAAUCAACGUUUAUUAGAUGCAUUUCAAUUGUAUCAUGAUAUCAUGUCACGUCAGAAUCCGUCAAAUGCUUAUUAUACUGGAAUGUCCAAUACUAUUGCUAACACCACGACUAACCCAAUAAAUCCAACAAUCCCUUAUUUACCACCAAAUACUGCGAAUAUAUAUCCAUACACCCAGCCAACAUCGUCGAUGACUAAAUCUGCAUCUGCAGUACCUAUGAAUGGAUUCACUAUGCCAACAGAUUUGAAUGGAACUGUGAUGUUCCCUCCUACUGACUCUUACCCUAUGUCAACUGGAAUUUAUGCGAAUCCACAAACAGAAAAUUUCAGUGGUAAUCUUCAUAGUGGUCAAAUAUCAUCUCAACCCUUUCCUGUACAGCAGUUUUAUGAAUCAAAUCAAAUAGUACCUCCUGAUGUUGUUACACAACAAAUGCAAUCAUAUCCAUCUGGCAGUAACAAUUAUGGAGUUCCAAUUUAUCCAAUGAAUGAUUCUCAAUCUAUGGUGUAUACAGAUCAAUCAAACAACACCCUCUCAACUCAGAGAAAACAAUAACAACCGUAGGUUUCAUCUAGUUUCAUAAAAAAUGCUAGGAAUCCUGAGAACCAUUUUAUACAUGAAAAUGAAAGAUAUGCUAUCAAGACGGGUUUUGUUCUGUUUUUCACAAAAGAAAAGUUUCAUUCCUUCGAUAUAAUAAACAAAUGAUUUCUUUUAUAAACAAAUACCUUCAGUUAAGUAAGCUCUAAUAAACUUUAACCGUUUUCAAUUUGUCUUUCAUUCUCAACUACUACUCACUAGUAGUAGUUCAUCUGUUUGUUUGCUUCUUGUCUGUAAACUUCUAUCAAAUUAUCUUCAUU